GUGUUGGAAAGAAUUAAUAGUUUUUAGUGCUAAAAGUACUUUGAAACAUGCGUUGGGAGUUGAAUCACAGUUUCUAAAUGCAUAUUCAAUGAAAAUAUUUGUGUAUGAUUUUAAUAUAGGAAAAUUUGUGGAACUUCUAACAAAAAGUUUUUGUAGUCUUUCUAGUAAAGAGUCUGAUUUUAGUGUCCGAUUUUUUAUAUGUCGAAUCAAGGAUAACUUUUUCAAAUAGUUAUCCAAGCCGUACUGAAAAUAUAUUCACUAAGUGUAUUAAAAGUUUAUAUCUCAGUUAUCAGUCAAUAUUACAAAACGGCAAAAAGCUAUCGCCCAUAACAGCAACAACAGUAUCAUCAAUAAUGCGACAACUUAAUCGAACGCGACACACCUACAAUGUCACGUCUUGUAUUCUGUGCUUAUCUCUACUCAUUGCUACACCUGCAGCAUCCACUGCAGCAAGACAUUCGCGUUUAGAUUUAGCCGGGAACGAAAAGCAAAUAGCAACAACAACUACAAGUACAGCAGAAAAUGUCAAUGCACAGCCACCAGUAGAUACAUUCAACAAGCAAGCAAACACUAAAGAUAAUCCAAUCAGUUCCGAUGAAAAGCAACUCAUUGGCAAUUCAGCAGAGUCUAUUGCAGAGCCCGCUAAUGUGGUAGCGAGUGUUCAAAAUGCUACAGAAGAAGACUCAUUGUUAACUGAGAAGAUCGCUUCCCCGCAAAUCAGCGAUAAACAAAAGGAAGAGGAACAAUUACAACAGGAAAACAAGGAAUUACAAAUAGAUAUUGGCGAUGAGGAGAUUGAGUUUGUUGACAAUGGCGGCGGAGAUAAUUCUAUUAACGGCGAUGAAGGCAGCAAUUUUCAGGAAUGCGAUAAUGAUUUUAUUGGUUUCGAAAUCACAACCGGCUUUGUCUUCUCAGCUCCCGGCAAACUUCUAAACUCACUGCCAGGUACUCUAAUGUUAACCGACUGUCUGGACGCCUGUCGCAAAGAUCCGGCUUGCCAUUCGGCGAAUUACGAAACCGGUUUAUGUGUACUCUUCUCGGCGAAUGCAGAUAAAUUACCAGGUGCGCUCGCCAAAUCUCAAUUUCCCGUGUUCACACUCUACGCUCAAAAGGCUUGUCUCAACGUGCGACCCUGCUCACGCGCAUGGAGUGUUGAUCGUGUACAAGGCUAUAAAUUGAAUGGUUAUGCGAAAAGAAAAUUUCCAGCAGCAUCUCGCCGUGAUUGCAUACAGUUGUGUUUGGGUCAAGCGGAGUUCACGUGCAGAUCAGCCAACUUUGAUCGUAGCACAAAAACUUGUGAACUCUCCGAAAUGGAUCGUAUUACUUUGAGCGGCACCAGCGCAUUCCAGCAGCAAAACACCGUCGAUUAUCUGGAGAAUAAUUGCGCUGAUGAGCCAAAUAAAUUGUGUGAAUUCAAGCGCUUGCCCGGACGCAUAUUGAAAACGGUGGAUUCGGUAUAUCAGGAUAUUGGCAGCAUUGAUGAGUGUCGUGAUUUAUGUUUAAACUCACCAUACAGAUGCCACUCCUACGACUACGGUGACACCGGAGAUAUGGUUUGCCGUCUAUCGCAUCACAGUCGCAUCACACUCAUCGACGUGCAAGAUCCCUAUCUGCAAGUACCCGAAGCAACAACUUUCGAGCUCUCGUCGUGCUAUAAUGUAACAAUUGAAUGUGGCGCCAUCGAUAUGAUAACACGCAUACGCACCUCAAAACUCUUCGACGGUAAGGUAUACGCCAAAGGUUCACCGAAGUCUUGUGCUGUGGACGUGAAGAACUCCCUAGAGUUCGAGAUUCGUAUGGGCUAUCAAAAUCUCGAAUGUAAUGUGCGUCAGAGCAAUUCAGGACGUUAUAUGAACGAUGUGGUGAUACAACAUCACGACACUAUUGUCACCUCCUCAGACUUGGGUCUAGCAGUUACUUGUCAAUAUGAUUUGGCUAACAAAUCGGUAUCGAAUAAAGUGUUGUUGGACAUAAAGGAUGACUUUGAACCAGCAUUGAGUGAGGAAGUAAUAGUAGACUCACCGAAUGUCUUGAUGAAGAUCACAUCACGUGAUGGCAGCGAUGUGUUGCGCACGGCUGAAGUUGGCGAUCCGUUGGCAUUGAAAUUCGAAAUUUUAGACGCGCAGAGUCCCUAUGAGAUAUUUGUACGCGAACUUGUCGCCAUGGAUGGCAGUGAUAAUGCAGAGAUUACGCUUAUCGAUUCAAAUGGCUGUCCCACCGAUCAGUUUAUUAUGGGUCCGAUUUAUAAGAGUGAGACAUCGGGUAAAAUUUUACUCGCACACUUUGAUGCUUUCAAGUUCCCCACAUCGGAGUUGGUGCAAUUCCGUGCGUUGGUCACACCCUGUAUGCCGACAUGUGAGCCGGUGCAGUGUAAUCAAGAGGAUAUUGGUGGUGAAUUGAAAUCGAUGAGCUCGUAUGGCAGAAAGCGGCGUGCGCUGAACGUGACGGUUCCUUUCAUAGGUUCAGUGCAGACAAGUAAUGAAUUGUAUGAACAACAACUUAAAGCGGAGCAACAAAAACAACUUCUGAGCCGAGCAAAGCAUUUGCGCUUGCGCAGUAAACGCGCCACUGCUAAAGCCAACGCCGCAAGCAGUCAACCUAGUCAAGAGGAUAUGCUGUUGGUGCAAUCAAUUCAGAUAACCGACAAAUUUGGCUUCGAUAAACAGCGCCAACAGAAGCAAACAAAAACACCAACAAUUGAUGACAACGAUAAAAUGGUGAUUGGCGGCGGAACUGAGCUGGGAUACUGUGUUAAUGCGAUUGGUCUCAUAUUGGCUGUCACCAUCUUUUUGCUCUCUCAAUUGGCUAUUAUCGCAAUUUGGACCUACCUGCGUCAGCGUCGACGAAAGCCCUAUGCCAGUAGCAGUGAGAGACGUUCCACCACACCAACUUACGUCGCACGUAAUGGCAAUAAAACGGCAAAAGAUUCAUCAGUGAUGACUAAGAGCGUAACCAAUUCCAGAACAGAAUCACUGUGUAAGGUCUACGACAGAGCCUUUGAUGGACGUCAUGGCAGACAAUUUUAAGUAAAAACUUAAAAAAUUAAUUAAAAAAAACUUCACUGCGGAUAUCUACUGGUGAAUAACAUUAAUUUCAAAAACAGAAAACGCUAACAGCAUAAUAAUUUAAAAUUAUUCAUUAACAUUAAAAUAAUUAUAAUCCCAUUUAAAGAACACUUCACGAUAACUGAGUUAAGAGUUAAGUGAUUUAUACAUAUAAAGUCUCAUUUUUUCGCUCUGAAUGCCAUGAAUACUGUAGUCGACAAGGUUACAGAGAGUGAAAGCGUCAGACAUUUAUUUCGACAAUAAAUAAAUAGCAAUGCAUUAAUAUUAUUUAAAAUAAAUAAAAGUAAAUGGAAAUCUCUUAUUAAAAAAUAAAUAAAUAUACUUUUAGUUUUACUCAUAUUUGGCUAGAAGAAAUUAUACAAUAAGUACAUUUAUAUUAUUUUAAA